UACUAUUUUUAUAUUCAAAUUCACUAUUUAUAGGCUAUAUUAAAAUGCAGUGAAAAUAAAAAAAACACAGCGUGUUUCCACAUUGAGGUCUUUCUUACAAGAUGAACAACUCUUGUGGCAGUUAAACGGGUUCCAUCCAAUGGUUACACUUGAAAAUAUGCGCUGUUCUCGUAAGCCCCGAUGAGAGAGCAGCAGCUAGCUGCUGAGAGCUAGCUGGAUUUGACAGUUCUCGUCCUCUCAGUCCGGUUGUUGUCAGGUCCUCACUCCCGGAAUCCCUCACCCAGACCCGGGUCUGUCCGGGUUCCCUUCCCUGUAGACUGAGGGUCCGUGUGCAGACAUGAAGCCGAGCAGCUGAGCUAGCUCCAGGCUUCUUCAUCCAGCUGCUAACAUCCUCACUGUGCUGCGUUCAGGGCAACUCGGAUAUUCCGACCUCCUGCCACAUAACGAAAUCCAGUUUUUUGUUAAUUUGUUCAUGUGUAAAACACAAACUCUGGGGAAACUCUGAAGACAAUUCUCGGGUUUUUACCCACAGGUCAUAUCUGAAAACAGCUUAACCAACUAACUUACCUCCACUCGCCCUGAUCUGCUCUGUUGUUUAUUUGACCUCAAAAUAUAAAACUUUUUUUAAUGGUAACUAUGAACUACCUCAACAUCUCUGCUUCCUGGGUGUGAUCCUUCAAAAAUAAUAUUAGACAUUAAACGACACAACACAAGUUUUUAAAAAUACUCUGACAUGAUAAACGUUUGUAUUUGUAUCCUGCAGACGUACAGCAGCUGAUGGUGAAUAAAGAAGGGGUUCCCCCUGAGCAGGAGCAGUGGAGCCCCCUUGUGGACCAGGAAGACCCAGAGCCCCCCCACAUUAAAGAGGAACAGGGGGAACCGUGGACCAAUCAGGAGGGAGAGCAGCUUCAACAACUUGAGCAGGCUGAUAUCAAGUUUCCAUGGACUGCUGUCACUAUGAAGAGUGAAGAAGAUGAAGAGAAACCUGAGUUGUCACAGCUUCAUCAGAGUAAGACUGAGGAGAACAGAGCAGACUGUGGAGAACAAGAACCAGCCAGGAACUCAGGUCCUGAUGGACAUUUACAACAAGAUACUGAGGACAAGACUGAAGACUCUUCUGAGACUGAAGACAGUGAAGAUGAUUGGAUGCAGACAUUGGAACCUCAGUCCGGUUUAAAUACAAAAAAAAAUAAAAAAAAUCGAACUGAUAUGAAAUGUAUAACUGGUAAGAAAGCAUUUGGUUGUUCUGAGUGUGAUAAAAGAUUCAGACGAAAGUGCGGUCUAACAAACCACAUGAAGACUCAUACAGGAGAGAAACUAUUUAGUUGUUCUGAGUGUGAUAAAAGAUACAGACGUAAGUGCGAUCUAAAUGUACACAUGAAGAUUCAUAAAAGAGAGAGACCGUUUAGUUGCUCUGAGUGUGUUAAAAGAUUCAGACGGAAUGGCGAUCUAACUGUACAUAUGAAGACUCACACAGGAGAGAAACCAUUUAGUUGCUCCAAGUGUGGAUUAAGAUUUUUUCAAAAGAGCGGACUAACUGUACAUAUGAUGAUUCAUACAGGAGAGAAACCGUUUGGUUGUUCUGACUGUGAUCAAAGAUUCAGACAAAAGUGGAAACUAACUACACAUAUGAUGAUUCAUACAGGAGAGAAACCGUUUGGUUGUUCUGACUGUGGUCAAAGAUUCAGACAAAAGGAGAAACUAACUAUACACAUGAGGACUCACACAGGAGAGAGACCGUUUAGUUGCUCUGAAUGUGAUAAAAGAUUUAUUCAAAAUGGUGAUCUAACUGUUCACAUGAGAAUUCACACAGGAGAGAGACCGUUUAGUUGCUCUGAGUGUGACAAAAGAUUUAUUCAAAAGGGUGAGUUAACUGUUCACAUGAGGACUCACACAGGAGAGAGACCGUUUAGUUGCUCUGAGUGUGAUAAAAGAUUUAUUCAAAAGAGUGAGCUAACUGUUCACAUGAGGACUCAUUCAGGAGAGAAACCGUUUAGUUGCUCUGAGUGUGGUAAAAGAUUUUCUCAAAAGCGCAGUCUGACUCUACAUUUGAGGAUUCAUACAGGAGAGAAACCGUUUAGUUGCUCUGAGUGUGGUCAACGAUUUCAUCAAAAGGUCCAUCUAACUUUACAUAAGAGAGGUCAUUUAGUUGCACCUAGUCUGGUAAAAGAUUUAGACUAAUCGGUAAUCUAACUGCAUAUGAGUAGUAAUAUAGGAGAGAAUGAAUUUACUUGCUCUGUGUGGUCAAAGAUUUAAGUUGCAUCGUUUACAACAAAAUUAUUUAUUAAGAUUUGUCAGAAACUUUUCAGAUUAUCCAUAUUCAUAGUUCACUUUCGUAAAUAGAGAAUUUAGAAUUCCCCUUUCACCUGAUUUUAUCAGAGUUAAACAAUUUCUUUCUCCCUAGAAAAAAUAACUCAUUGAAUAACAUGAAAGAUUUGUGUUGAUAUUUCUUGUUUCUACUGACUUGAUUUAUGCCAUAUAUGUUACAUAUCCAUAUAUACUUUACACUUUAAAGAGACAUGAGGAAUCAUACAGGAAAAAAAUGAAUUGUUUGCAACUAAACAUUUAUAUAGAUCAAUAAGCAGCCAUAGAUAUUAUCCAUAUAAAUAGUUGAAUGUUGUAAAAAGAGAAUUAAUAACCCAUCCAGCUGUUUUUACCAGAGUUAAACAGUUUGAAUGUUCCUAGAAAAUACAACUCAUUGAAAAACAUGAAAGAUUUGUGUUUAUUUCUUGUUUCUACUGAAUUAUCCCUCAUAUAAUACACACCUAUACUGUGAAAGAAAUAAGUAUUUGAUCUUUUGCCGGUUUUGCAAGUUUAACAGCUGACCAAUAAAUCAACAGUUGUUGCAACUGUCUGCUAAACCUG